AUGCACGACCCACUUCUUAUAUUUUUACUGUUCUCUUAUUCAACUUUGUUCAUUUUCGGUUUCUUCGGUAAUUCUAUUAUUGUUAUUAUCACAAUAAAAAAUCGGUAGGUUAGGUGAUUCAUUGUCAACCACAACAAGGUAUUAAUUCAGUUCUCUUCGAACUUGUUGUGGUAUUCUAAUCGCAUUUGCUUCAGUUUUUGAUAUAUUAUUAUUCACAACGGUUCUAAAUUUUAUCUUCUCAGUUUUCAUUUUUGAGCCAACACAACAGACAUGUUUUUAUAUGUCAAUUCCAGCUGAUAUUGGAGCAUUUACAUCAAAUCUGUAUUUAUUGGUGAUUGGAAUUGAUCGAUUGUUAUCAGUUUCAAAACCAUUUUUGUAAGAAAAAGUUUUGUUUUUAUCGUAACUCUUACUGUAUUUCCAGUUACCGUACUCUUGAACAAAACAAGAAGAAAUACAUUAUUUUUAUGAACUUUAUUCCAUGGAGUUAUGCAAUUUUUCUGAUCAGUCGGGCAUUUCAUGAAACCGAUAUUGAAACGUAAACAUUGAAAAAAUUCAGGAUUGAAAAUAUCAAGUUCAAUUUUUUUCAGAAAAGUUAUUUGUUUGAUUCCGUCUUCUUUGAAAGACACAUUUGAAUUAUUCACCACAACUUCUUUUAUAUCAAAUCUUUUCGUACCAAUUAUCUAUCUUUCUGUUUGGUUCAAAGUCAAACAUUUUUCUAAUAAUAAAAGUAGGACAACAUUUCUAGAUUUUUUUGAAAAUUUUAUCGAUCUCCUCACACAACAAACUUUUUCAGAAUCCCCAGCAAUUUUCAAAAGUCUUCUGAUAAUUGUUACUAUGACAAUGCUUGGUUGGACUGCAACUAAUAUGUUUGCUGGUCUAACAUUUAUGUUGGAUUUUCCAGCAGAUUCUAUGAAACGUUUUCAGUUUUGUUGUGGACUUUUUAUAUGCACUUCAUCCGCGUUCAAUGUUUUUGUGUAUUACAAAAAUUGGUGAUUCAAAUUUUUGUUCAGAUUUUUAUUGUAAUUUUUUCAGCCAUGAGUAUCGGUCCAAAAUACGAGCAUUGUUUGGUUUCAAAGUUAUGCAAAAAACAACUUCGAGUGUAUUCUAA